ACAAUGUCCCCUAAAUAUGGGAAACCGUUGGUCAUUUGCAAGGCUGGCUUAUUAUUAAUAAUACACAUUCGCAACCUCCUCGAACCCUCUCAGGUCCAUUCUAUAAGCAGCCUUGGACCUUUGAGGUUUUCUCUUUUAGCCAUGGCUAAACCUCCGUCCUUUGGCUGCUUCUUCUUCCUCUUAUUCUUCUUCUUUUUAUCCUCUUCCUUCGUCGCACUCGCCAUAUCCGACACAGAAGCUGCCUUUCUCGUCCGUCGACAGCUCCUGACGUUACCAGAAAACGGCGAGGGCGAACUUCCUGAUGACAUCGAAUACGAGGUCGACCUCAAGGCUACAUUUGCCAACACGAGGCUUAAAAAAGCUUACAUAGCUCUCCAGGCUUGGAAAAAAGCGAUCUAUUCGGAUCCGUUUAACACCACGGCGAACUGGCACGGCCCCCACGUGUGCGCCUACACCGGUGUGGUAUGCGCACCCGCUCUAGAUGAUCCUAACGUCACGGUUGUAGCUGGUGUUGACCUCAACGGCGCGGAUAUCGCGGGACAUUUGCCCGUUGAGCUUGGUUUGAUGACGGAUGUCGCUAUGUUCCAUUUGAAUUCGAACCGGUUCUGCGGUAUCAUCCCCAAGAGCUUUGAGAAGAUGAAGCUGAUGCAUGAGUUUGAUGUUAGUAGCAAUUGUUUCGUUGGACCGUUCCCUAACGUCAUCCUCUCUUGGCCUAGUGCCAAAUACUUCGACCUUAGGUUUAAUGAUUUCGAAGGUCAAGUCCCUCCAGAGCUUUUCAAGAAAGAGCUUGACGCUAUUUUCUUGAACAACAAUAGAUUCACUUCCGUGAUUCCUGAAUCUCUAGGAGAGUCUACGGCCUCCGUUGUGACUUUUGCUAAUAACAAAUUCACCGGGUGUAUCCCUAAGAGUGUCGGAAACAUGAAGAAUCUCAACGAGAUUGUUUUUAUGGACAAUGGUUUGGGCGGUUGUUUCCCGUCUGAGAUUGGGAAGUUGUCGAACGUGACGGUUUUUGAUGCGAGUAAGAACUCGUUCGUUGGUCGUCUCCCGACCAGCUUUGUCGGGUUAACGGGUGUGGAGGAGCUUGAUAUCUCCGGGAACAAGCUUACGGGACUAGUAGGGGAUGAGAUUUGCAAGUUGCCUAAUUUGGUGAAUUUUACUUAUUCGUACAAUUACUUUAAUGGACAAGGUAGUUCGUGUGUUCCUGGUGGUGGUCGGAAAGAGAUUGUGUUGGACGAUACACGUAAUUGUCUGACGGAUAGACCUGACCAACGGUCGGCUCAGGAAUGUGCGGUGGUGAUUAACCGUCCGGUUGAUUGUAGCAAGGACAAGUGCGCUGGUGGUGGAUCAUCUACUCCAUCGAGAUCAUCGCCGGUUCACAAGCCAUCGCCGGUUCCAACUCCGGUUGUUGACAAACCGUCGCCGGUUCCAACUGUCCCGGUUCACAAACCACAGCCACCGAAAGAGUCGCCGCAACCGGAUGAUCCUUAUGAUCAGUCUCCGGUGAAGAACCGACGCAGCCCACCUCCACCUCAUCAGUCUCAGCCUCCGGUGGUUUCCUCUCCUCCACCAGCUCCGGUGAACUCUCCUCCACCACUUCCUCCUCUUCCUUCACCACCACCACCAGUAGUCCACUCUCCACCGCCACCGGUUCACUCUCCGCCACCGCCUGUCCACUCUCCUCCACCGCCGGUGCACUCUCCACCACCACCAGUGUAUUCGCCGCCGCCACCGCCUGUCUUCUCUCCACCACCACCCGUAUAUUCCCCACCGCCACCACCUCCGGUUCACUCACCGCCACCGCCUGUUCACUCGCCACCACCACCUGUUCACUCACCGCCGCCGCCUGUUCAGUCGCCACCGCCACCGGUGUUUUCUCCUCCAGCUCAACCGCCAAAAUCCAGCUCACCACCAGAAACACCAGUCCAACCGUCGCCAUCGCCAGCGGUCGUUCUUCCACCUCCGUCCCAAUCUCCACCAGUAGUCUACUCUCCUCCGCCAACGAUCACCUACCCACCAGCACCAGCUCCAGUGGAAGAGAAACAGACGCCGCCUGCACAAGAACCAGCUCCGGUUGAGAAGGAACAGGCGCCUCCGGCACAAGCACCAGCUCCGGUGGAAGAGAAAGAGACGCCAACGGCACAAGCACCAGCUCCGGUAGAAGAGAAACAGACGCCAAGAGCACAAGCACCAGCUCCAAGUGAUGAAUUCAUCAUACCACCUUUCAUCGGCCACCAAUACGCAUCGCCACCACCUCCAAUGUUUGAGGGCUACUAAUAUCCGUCGCAAGAGAGAAGAGGCAACUAUAUCAUCUAGGAGUAACAAUAUUGUAAAACGAAAGAAGAGAGAAUUUGAAAAAGAAGUAUAUAAUUGAAGGUUAAAUUAUGUAUGCUAAUGGAGCAACUUGUUAUCAGAUGUUUAAAUUUGUAACAGUUAUUAUUUUCCAACUAAUUAUCUACAGUGCAUGCAUA